AUGCCAAAGGACGCUCACGCGCUCAAGGCAUUGCCCUCGUCGCCGCCCCAAGCGGCCGUCAUUACACUGCCGACAAUCUCAACAGACUUGGAGAUCCCGUCUGGUCGCCAGCAGCUGGUCGUCUCCGUCUACGGACUCGCGUUUGGCUGCUUCCUCCUCGUUUGGGGGCGGCUGGCCGACCUGUUCAGCAAGAGGGCUAUUUUCGUCGCGGGCAGCGUUUGGGUGACGCUGAGCACGACGGUCACGCCGUUUGCCGCCAACGAGGCUGCGGCCACUCCACUGGGAAGUGUGAUUGGUAACAUUCUCUCGGGCUUCGUCGCAUCGUCUACCAGCUGGAAAUGGGUAUUUGGUGUCCUCGCGAUUCUGGCCGCCUGCAUCAGCGUGGCAGGCUCUUUGACUAUCCCACCUCACCGGGCUCCAGAGACCCCUACCACUAUCCGAUUGCGCGACCAACUCGACCUCCCGGGCGCCUUUCUUUCCACGUUUGGGCUCGGCAUCCUGCUCGUUGUCCUAAGUACCGGCAACGAGGUGGGAUGGGCGACACCAUGGGUGCCUCCUCUCAUCGUCGUGGGAGUUGCGCUGGUUACCGUCUUCAUUUUCUGGGAACGCCGCCUGGAAGCCGGGAAUCACUGCCCACCCCUCCUGCGCGUGUCGCUCUUUCAAAGUCGCGAGUUUUCCAUCUCCAUGGCUGUCAUGUGCAUGCUCUUUUCCUCAUUCAACGGCUUUCUCGUCUACGCAACCAUGUUCUUUCAGGACUACCAAUUGAGUGACCUCGGGCGAGACCCCGACAAAAAGCCGCUGAUCAGUGUCGCAGCAUUUUUAAAACUAUCAUCCACUCGGUCGGAGAGAAAUAUGGUUAUGGAAAAGGGAGUUCAUGAUGUUCCCUUUGACGAGCUACCCGAUCGCCGACGGGUAUGGAACCGACCUGUUCAUUCGAAAGAGGAAGGCCUCGGUCGUCUUGUGCUUCUCACACCUGAUGUGGUGGCAUCGGCUGCGUCGUGUAUCAAGACUGGCAGGAGAAUAGCCCUUAAUUGGGACUUGAACAAGCUCGAAGUCGCCAACUUUAAUCGUCAGCCCACACAGCACCACAUCGUCUCUCUACUGGAUGGAUCAGCCUUUGAUGACGUCUACAUCUUCAACCCGCAGCAGUCCUCCCAGUGGGACGGAUUACGGCACUUUAGCGCGCCGUUUCCCACAAGCGAGGAUCCUACGCGCCGAUUAUACUACGGUGGUGUGACUGCCAGUGAGAUUACGACCCGCAGCAACACGCGCAUCGGCAUGCAAUACUGGGCUCGUGAAGGCAUCUGCGGCAGGGGCGUGCUGCUCGAUUAUGCCGCUUUCGCAGAGCGGCACGGCAUCGAGUAUUCGGCCUUUUCCGACCACGCAGUUCCUCUGUCCGUCCUCCUGGAGAUUGCUCAUGACGAAAACGUGACGCUAAAACGGGGCGACAUUGUCUUCAUCCGAAUCGGCGUCACGAGGGAGUGGGACGAGAAGAUGACGGCCGCGGACAAGCAAGCAUACGCGACGACCAGGAGCCCGCAGCACGCAGGUGUCGAGGGCACGGAAGAAAUGCUGCGCUGGAUAUGGAACGAGGGCAUUGCCGCGGUGGCGAGCGACGCACUCUCGUUUGAGGUGUACCCGGCGAAGAAGUCUUACCCGAGAGGGACUGGUGAGGACGUUGAGGGCUACUUUCUGCAUGAGUACUUGCUUGCAGGUUGGGGGAUGCCUAUUGGAGAGCUGUUUGAUCUGGAGGGGCUGAGUAGAAUCUGCGCCGAGGAAAGGCGAUGGGAAUUCUUCGUGGCGAGCGCUCCUUUGAAUAUGCCUGGCGGAACUGUUUCACGUCCCUCACGAGAAAGCAAGGCUCAAGUGCAGAGGGAAACCAGUGGCGCUGGACAGUCCAUCUCCCUGACUCGGGCAGUCGAACGCUACUGGCACAAGGCUAGACUGGGAGAAACUUUUUGGGGGGGACUGUCGGGGAGAUCUGCUGGCCGGUGUCAUCACAUGGUCAUGGAUAGAGGAGUGGAAACAUGCCCAAGCCACGCAUUCCUGGGCUUUGGCGAACUGAAGCGUGUUUGGAUGCCCCCAACCUCGACUUCCUCCUCCUCCUCUCACCUUCAGCGACUCCGUCCAAUUUCUCACCACCAGCGGCGCGCACCCCUGUGUAACCUGUCAAGCUCCAGCAUAGACGGAUCUUCAAGCAAUCCUCUGACGACGACCAUCGGCCUCCCCUUUCUCGCUAUAGCAAUCCCGAACAAAAGCUCUUCUAGCAACUUCUAUACGCACCCCACAACUCCCUGCAAAAACCUUGUCAGAAUGAUGUCCGGCGAAGCAUGGCUGUUCCUGUUGUCAGUGUUGAUCAACGCCGUCAACCUGUUCCUGCAGGUCUUCUUCACUAUCAUGUACAGUGAUUUGGAGUGCGACUACAUCAACCCUAUCGACCUCUGCAACCGACUUAACACCUACAUUAUCCCCGAAGCCGCUGUCCACGGCUUCCUCACCUUCCUGUUCCUUAUCAACGGUUACUGGCUGCCUUUGAUUCUCAACCUGCCUCUCCUCGCUUGGAACAUCAAGAAGAUCGUCGACAACACCCAUCUGCUCGACGCCACCGAGAUCUUCCGCAAGCUCAACGUACACAAAAAGGAAUCCUUCAUCAAGCUCGCCUUCCACCUGCUCAUGUUCUUCUUCUACCUCUACAGCAUGAUUGUUGCUCUGAUCCGCGACGAGGCCGCAUAA